AUGGAGAUCUCUAUUCCUAGUCCCUUUUCUCUAGCCACGUGGAUUUCAAUGAACGCCGAGAAGCUCAAACCACCAGUGAAUUAUUCUUGUCUUUAUUCAGGAAAGGACUUCAUAUUGAUGGCUGUUGGUGCGCCAAACACGAGAAAUGAUUAUCAUAUUAACGAGACAGAGGAAUGGUUCUUUCAGAUAAAAGGGAAUAUGCUGCUAAAGGUUGUUGAGAACAAGACCAAUUUCAGAGACAUCAUAAUCAAAGAGGGGGAGAUGUUUCUUUUACCAGCGAGCACUCUUCACUCUCCAAGGAGGUCCAAAGAUACAAUUGGCCUUGUUAUGGAACACACGCGCCCUCCCAAGUCCAUUGAUCGUAUACGAUGGUAUUGCGAGAAUAAAGAUGCUCAUAAAGGUGCACCAGUGAUUAUUCGGGAAGAGACAUUAUAUUGUGAGGAUAUCGAGAGACAGCUAAAAGGCAUCAUUGGAGACUGGAUGGGAAAUGAAAAUGGCCGGGAAUGUAGUGUAUGUGGUCAGAUUGCACCGGCGCAUUGA